AUGGCUCGCCUCAUUUCUGUCGUCGUCCGUAGUACUGGGAAUCAAGCCGCUGACGAGGGCUCCGAAUCUGGUAGUUGGGGACGGUCGCAGCCGACAGUCAAGGGUCAUGGGCAUGGCCACAGCAGCAACCACAAGAGCGGCCACGCAAUGAUGGACAAAAUUAGCAUGAACAAAGCCACCAAGCCUGUGACCGUGAGAAAAGGGAGUAGUGGCAGCGAUAUUCACCUCACCAAUUACGUUGAGCCGCAGGGCAUAACGAAGAUGGUUGAAACGACGGUGGAGAGGGAGUAUGUGGUGGAGCAGGAUGACCAGAGGAGUUCUGGGACCACGGUGAGGGAGCAUAGUGGUGAGCCGAUGGGCAUGCCUGUGGGACCACCUGAGGAGCGGUAUAAGUCAAGCAUCUAA